ACUCCACAGAAGAGCGGUGGCCAUGGAGGAGAAUAUGGAAGAGGGGCAGACACAAAAAGGGUGUUUCGAGUGCUGUAUUAAAUGCCUGGGAGGCAUUCCCUACGCCUCUCUGAUCGCCACCAUCCUGCUGUAUGCUGGCGUGGCCCUGUUCUGUGGCUGUGGUCAUGAGGCGCUUUCUGGGACUGUCAACAUCCUGCAAACCUACUUCGAGAUGGCGAGAACUGCCGGAGACACGCUGGACGUCUUUACCAUGAUCGACAUCUUCAAGUACGUGAUCUACGGCAUCGCGGCCGCCUUCUUCGUGUACGGCAUCCUGCUGAUGGUGGAGGGCUUCUUCACCACGGGCGCCAUCAAGGACCUGUACGGGGACUUCAAGAUCACCACCUGCGGCCGCUGCGUCAGCGCCUGGUUCAUCAUGCUGACCUACCUGUUCAUGCUGGCCUGGCUGGGCGUGACGGCUUUCACCUCCCUGCCCGUCUAUAUGUACUUCAACCUGUGGACCAUCUGCCGGAACAGCACCCUCAUGGAGGGGGCCAAUCUCUGCCUGGACCUGCGUCAGUUCGGGAUUGUGACCAUCGGAGAGGAAAAGAAAGUCUGCACCGUGUCGGAGAACUUCCUCAGGAUGUGCGAGUCCACGGAGCUGAACAUGACCUUCCACUUGUUCAUCGUGGCGCUGGCUGGCGCGGGGGCAGCGGUCAUUGCCAUGGUUCACUACCUUAUGGUUCUGUCUGCCAACUGGGCGUACGUGAAAGAUGCCUGCAGGAUGCAGAAGUACGAGGACAUCAAGUCCAAGGAGGAGCAAGAGCUGCAUGACAUCCACUCUACUCGCUCCAAAGAGCGGCUCAACGCAUACACAUAAGCAAAACCUUCCCAUCCUCCCACUCAGAUGCAUUGGUGUUUAACUAAGGGCCAUCCAACCAUCCAACCAUCCAACCUUUUGAAGAAUAAAAUGAAAGUGCUUCUCAUCAAUGAUAUGGAGGGUGACUUAUGAAUCACCCAAAUAUAGUUCUUUGUUGUUUAGCACUUAACUUCCGAAUCUGUUAAAUUGGUGUAAUCAGAUCUCUUCUACAAGCUCCUGUCCAGCCUUUUUUCUUUUUUUUAAAUUUCUCAACCUCACUUAAUAAUUCUUAAGAUCAAUGAAACUAACAUUGUCAAAUACAAAGAUUUGAUUUUUAACCACUUCCCAUGUUGUUAUACAUAACACCUAUUGCAUUAUUUCUUAUGUUUUGAAAAGAAAAAGUAGCUUUUUAUACUUUUUAGUUUUCAUUUCGGUAACUAGCUUGACUACAGGUAACCUUCAAAGGGACCAUUGUACAUUACCAACAACAGACAGAGAUGACACCAUGAUGACUCUUCUUGAAAUACGGAAAUCUUUCUGAAGAUCAGUGGCCACAUGACUGUAGGCUCUGGUUAAUGUUUUCAACAAUCUAAGGUGCAAUUUCUAAAUUUGUAAGAGUAGGUUUUAAAAAAAAGUGCUUCUUAUCUUUGUUAACGUUGUGUUUUUUCUCGAUGUAUGGAAGAGGUAUUUCCCUUGGAUUCUUCAAGUUUAUGUUGUGAGCAUGUAGAAACAGUGAUGCUAAUGCAUGGCUAGUUGCCGUUUUAAGACCGUGACACCAGGCAUACCUUUUAAAGUUUAGUACAGAGACAAUUUUCAUGGGAAUAACGACUGUGGACCUGCUUGGAGAAGGGUCUCUUUGUGACUUAUGCAGUGGCUGGAUUGGAACUUGAACAUGCUAAUGUGGAACAUUAAUUGCCUUCAUGAAGGUGGCAUAUGAAAAAUAAGCACACUCACCCCUCAGAAGUUGUUUUGCCUACCUUAGAAAGGUUCCGUGGGUUGCACCUCUGUAAACUACCCCUCAACCGUGUAUGAUAUAUUUGAAAAGGCUUCCAUUAAUAUAAUAGCUUUGCUUGCAGCCUUCCAAUCUACGUUGGCUUACCUGUAGUGUUUUUUAAAGUAUGGUAGGAGGCCACGUACACUGUAUCCUUCCAAAGUGUGGUGGCACAUCUGUGUUUUCAUUUCCAGUGAGUCAUUUUAACCAACUGUUCAUUCACACUCAUUUAUAAGAAGUACCUAUAUCAAAGGAAUAAAAAGAAAGCAAUCAGUAUUACUGGACCAAAUUGGGUGUUUGUUUUAACCUUGACUCGUGAUUAUUUCUAAUGCUACAAGAAUGCUGUAAAGUGUCUUUUAAAAUGAUGUCGCCUGACAAGACAUUUUUGUCAGUGUAUAAAAUCUAGAUAGUAUAUUGUGCACUGAUUUUACCAUUGUGAAAUCUCUUAUCAACGUAAGUGCAUUUCUAAUAACAUUUAUUGAGUGAAACAAUCUUUGUACAAUGACUAGCCAUGCAUCAUCCACGAUUUUACAAGUUCUUGUAGUACGUAGGGAUAUCACUAGGGUUCUCCAUGGCAUGAUAAUGCAUCUGUAGUAUUAUUUAAUUAAUUUGGGGUUUGCUUCUUGUUGUUUUUUUUAUUAUCUUCCUGGUUCAACAUUUUUUCUGAUAUAUGCAGUAUUACAGAUAUUCAGCAGAAGUAUUAAUGGGCUUCUUUAAAUUCUAUAUGGUAGUGUUUCAGUUCUGUGUCUUAACAGUUUGUGAUGAUUUUUAAAACUGUCUUUUAAACUUAUGUAAUGAUGUUGACUCUCUUGCCUUUCUUUUCUCCUGGUAUUAGAGUUUGUAUUUUCACAGAGAGUGCUUUGUAGCAGGCAUUACAAUUAAUCUGUUUUGUACAUACAUGUGCCAACAGCUUGAUGGUGGCGUUUUUGAAAUGUAGAACAAAGUGCUUGCAAACUGUAAUAAAUACACUUGUGUACUUUGUG